GAAGUUUCGUAUCAAUGCGCCAUUGUCAGACGGACUCUCUGAAAAUAGCCCCGGAAGGGUAAAUCAAUCCAGGAAAAAGGAAACUCAUUUUUUUUACGAAAGUUUAAUGAAUUAUGCAUGAUGAACAUCAUACUUACUACACAAAAGCCGGCGGUGAUAAACGAACGAAGAGGGAUGACAAAGCAGUAGAGACAUUUCGUGUAUAUAUAUGAAGGAAUUAACAAAUCACUAUCACUAUCAGUUCAGAGUUAGAGGAAUGUAAGAGUCGCUCUGCAGCGAGCCUGAUACUCAUUUUUGAAUUGUUGUCAUCGGGCACCUAAGGUUAAUGAAAUCCGUGUCACUGGCUACAUGUUAAAUCAGUAACACUAAAGUAAACUUUCCAACUGCAGAAAAUUGUUAGCGAUCGGUGUUCACCUGACCAGCACAGGAAAUAGAUCAACCAGCAAACUGGAUCUGGACGUGAACUUGUUUCCUUUACAAUAUCACCAGUAAGAACUUUGAAUCAAAGAACAGGAAAUAGAGCUUUCGUGCUGUUUUGUGUUAUAUAAGAAAAAAACUUUGGCUCCUUCAUAACAGUUUUCCACACAUGAGAUGGAGUGAAAAUGCAAGCUUUCGAACGUCAUUGUGAGGAUCCAUGGAUUAUAAAUAUACGAUAGUAGGUGUGAAACAAUGUGCUAUCGGUGUGUUCUAUCUUGUGCCCUCUUGAUGCUGUUUCUUGGAUCCGUUUCUGCCCAGCCAAAGUGGACGCACGGGAAGCGAGCUCUGAUGUUAGAGCCCCCUCAGAGAAGUUCUCUGUGGAGAUUCGGCAACGAAACUCCUUUAAAUAUCAACGACAGUGCCCUCAACUGUGGGGGGUUUGAGAGGCAAUGGGAGAGAAACAAUGGCGCCUGCGGCGUGUGUGGCGACCCUGCGGAUGGACCGCAACUCCACGACGAGGGGGGCGUGUACGACAGCAAUAUUAUUGUGAAGACGUACAUAGAGGGCGGGUACGUCAACAUCACGGUGGAGGUGGAGAGCAACAUGCUGGGGUAUUUCGAGUUCCGGCUCUGUGAGAGGAACUCUUCUGACGCCCCGCUCACUCAGGAGUGCUUCGACAAAAACCUGCUGUGGAUCGAAGAGUCCUGGAACUUUAGAUACUAUGUAGGAAGUCAUGGCGGUCUCUUCGAUCUCCAUGUUCGACUCAGUGAGAAUGUGGUGUGCUCGCAUUGUGUUUUACAGUGGAAGUACAGUACAGGACAUAGAAUGGGAGGAAUUAACAAUUGUGCAGAGAUGGGGUCAGGCAGACAAGAACAGUUCUAUAAUUGUGCUGACGUGGCCAUUGUCAAAAAACAAAGUGAUACAAUGUUCGAACGUCCAUUGUUAUCACUACAUGAAAACAUCUACAUAGUGCCACACGAACUAACAUACAACCUUACAAGGGACGAACUGGAAAUACUGAAAGAGGAAAUACGUAAAAUUAGUCCAGGAAUGAAACAAACCAUUCCAAAUGGAUUCCUGGAACCCCUGGAGUUUAAUUUUACAUUCCCUAUGCCCAUUGAUCAAAUGUUUGGGAAACCCCCAACAGAACUGAACCAGCCGCCGUUUUGGUGGCUUGACAACAUGACCAAAAUGGAGCCUCCUCACGUACAUAUCCAUGACCAUCCGUCCAAAGAACCCAAGACACCUCCUCCAGUUAAAGCAGUGCAAACAAGACCGCCCCCAGACAUACUUAGAACGGCGCCGCUCCCUCCCCCUCCCGCUAUAGAAUUAACGUUAGAAGAUGGAAUUAACGAAUCACGGAUAAAAGUGACACGUGACCGGACCAAUGAUAAAGACCGAGUCGCUACCCCUAGAAAAAGUCCCAUGUAUGCUGUCGGCGAUUCAUUCGUCUUUCCCGUGUUCAAGAGGAACCUUGUUCGUAAGCCAGCGACUGUGGCUCCCUCUACAACAGUCAAACCUUUAGUGUCCUCCACCGCAGAGGAAUGUACUGUGUUUUCACCGAAAUUCCGUUGUGUGGGGAAGGGACAGUACAAUGAAACGGAGGGUAUAGUUCAGUGGUGCAUUGACCACUGUCAAAAGGACAGUUGCGUGGACUUUAUGUGUGAGUGUGGGUGUAAUUUGCCCAUUGCAGAGCCAAAGUGCAGGGCCAACGGUGUUUUCCAAAUGAUGCCCAGCAUGAACGAGUGGUGCAUGCGCGUCUGUCAGCCGGGCGGGCUUUGUCCCGCCAAUGUGUGUAAUGUGGAGCUGUGCAUGCCAAACUCAACGGUUCCAAUAACACGAUGAACCUCGUGCUAUGAUAAGUUAAACAUUACGUCCUACAGUGUGUAAAAUGUGCGCGGAAAAAUACUGAACAGAUGCAAUCCAAAACAGUCUCUGUUGGCGCGUGAUCUUUCCAUUGACCACUUGCCGUUUUGUUCUUGGUCCCGGUUUUUCUUGACGUUUUUCGAAGAAACCAUAUCUUCACGAAUUGCACUCUUAAAGUACGGGCUAGAGCCAGGGAUACUGAAACAUUGAAUCCCAGUGUGGCGGGAUGAACAAUAUUGGGCCAUUCUAUAUGUGAUAUUGUUCAGCACUAGAUUACAGUGCUGCUAUUUAUAGGAAAUUUGUUUGUUAUAGCAGAGAUGUAUUUUUGUUUUUUAUUACAUGAAAUGAACAUAAGUUUACCAAAUUUAGCAAGUUAUUUUUGCUAAACAACAUUAAAGUACAAGUGUUAAUCUGCUUCUUAAGUAUAGAGUGUAUUUAAGCACAUGUAGCCCAAGUUACAGAAUUUUCAAAAAAUGUGAAGGUAUUCUUUGACGUUUGACAUUCAGAUGAGAAAUGCAAGCUGGUGAAUCUCAACGCAACAUAUUUAACUAAAAGGCAUCGUUUGUGUUAGGUAAUAACGAGUUUAGGCCUAAUUAUAUUAUUUUCGCAAUUCGUUUUUUUUUUUUACAUAAACUCGUUAAAAAAGAUAUUAACUUAACUUUUAAUUUAUUAAAUGGCUGUUAGACGAGCGUGUGUAAAUGAAUUGUUCUAAGAGGAUUGUCAUGCUUUCUAUAAAUCAAUGCAAAUUAUGAGCACAUUGUUGAUGUAUACAAAUGAACAACAUGUGUACAUGGCUACUUUCUAUGUAUACGCAUGAAUUGUAUGCAUGUAUGAAUAUUGUAAAUGUAUACGAAUGAACAGUUUGUACAUGAGUUGGAAUCAUUACGCAUCCUGAUUGACAUUUCUAUUUAUUAUUCAUUCAUUGUAAGCACGAGUGAUAGAUGGCGCUGUAGUUGCCCUGUUAACUUUGACCUUUGUUCAGUAUGACACACAAUAGCCUUGACCGAAUGCAUUGUUUUAUUAUUUUGUCUGUGUUACCUUGUGUUCUGUUUGUUUGAUUAUUUUGUUUGUGUUACCCAAGUCUUUAUUUUGACAAUACUCGUAGUUUAUAUCGCUUUGUAAUAACUUACAGUACUGCCCAUUGGUUUAAAUAUUGUUCAAGUUUGAUCAAUAAACUUCACUGCUA